AAGCAUCCACAUUUACGUCAAAUUUAGUUCUCUCUUACUUUUCUAUUUGAAAACUCUAUGGUCCGUACAAGCUACCAAUUCUCCUAUUUUAUACAUAUAGAUAUAGAUAAAACUCAUUAACAACUUCAACCUAAUUUAUUAGCCCAAAAUAACCUCCCUUGAUGCUUCCAUUUCCUCUGCCUCUACAGAGAGAGGUCUAGCAAAUUAAGAUCACAGGCCGGCAUGACUCGCAGCGGGCAGAUUGGCUAUGAUUUUGUUAUGGUUCUUCUCCCGGUGUCACUCAUCAUCAUGGGGAUUGUUCUUUACAUUCUAUGCAGAAGAAAGAUACCUGCUCAAAAAGAAUCUGAAGAAACUCUUUCGGUUCCAGUCAAGAGUUCUGCGUGUGCUUUUCCAUUAACGGAUAUUGAUGCUGCCACUGAUGGAUUCAAACAAAACAGAAUUGUGGGUCAAGGACGUCUGGGGACUGUAUAUGCCGGUAUAUUCGCAAAAGGAGAGCUUCUUGCGGUUAAAAGAAUACAUUCGAGGUUUGUUUUAAGCAAUGCUGGAUUUGGUUUCUCUUCAGUAAUCAAAACUCUAUCUUUAGCCCAACACCCCAAUAUAGUCCCCAUUCUGGCAUUUUCACAAGCACCUGGUGAGCGAAUUAUGGUCACCGAAUUUGUUGGUAUAGGAAGUUUGGAAUUCUAUUUGCAUCAAAACCCAGAUGGGGCAUCACUAUUAGAUUGGAGCCGGAGAUCAAGAUUGGCCGCCGGAGCAGCGAGAGGACUCGAAUAUCUACAUGAAGGGAUGACACCAAACAUAAUACAUGGGUGUGUUAAGUCCUCAAACAUUUUAUUAGAUGUGAAAUUUCGUGCUAGAGUUUGUGAUUAUGGGUUGUCUUUCUUGGCACCAAAGGAAAAAAGGGGGCUUGUGGGGCAUGUGGAUGAUGAGUAUUGGAUUAACAAUAGCAGUGGUGGCGCUUGCAAAGAAAGUGAUGUUUAUGGGUUUGGAGUUGUUUUGUUGGAGCUUUUGUGUGGGAGGAGAAGUGAAGAAGGUUUGCUUGUGAAGUGGGCAUUGCCUUUGAUUAAAGAAAUGAGGUUUAGUGAAGCUUUGGACCCAAGAAUUGCAAUGCCUUCAGAUAUGAAACCCAUUAUCAGAUUGGCUAAAGUUGCUUCAGCUUGUGUAAGCAAUAAUAGAAAGAGUAGACCAUCAAUUGUUCAAAUUGCAGCAAUUUUGAACAGUGUGGAGAUUGACGUCUCUGUGUGUGAUUGAGCCAGCCAAGACUUUUAUGAGUCGCCAAUUUUGAACAGGAGAAAUGAAGAAAAACAGUAAAAUUUGAAUUUGGGAUUGGUUGGACUUUUGAACAACGACUGUGAUAGAUUGGUCUGGUCUCACCAGGAAUUAGAGUAUUGGAGAAGAAAUUAAUGUUGAAAUGAAAAGGUGGGGCAAGGUGGGUUGUCAAUUGGGGGCGGUGAAUUUAAUCUUCUUUUGCGUGUGGAGUGGGGAAUAUACAUCACUUUUUGUAUAUAAAUUGGGCAAUGUUAAUGUAUACUUACUUGAAAGGGAUCCCAUCUUUCUUUAUGGCCAUUAAAA